GCGAUGGAAAUGAGUAAAGUCCAGGUGCUGAGAGCGUUGGUGAAGCAGCGACUGAGUGCGGCUGCUGAAGAGAUAUUCGGGCUGUUUGAAAGGACGAUAUCAGAGUACGAGCGGGAACUCUGUCGGUCCAAAGAGGAGAACCAGAGACACAGGAAGCUGCUGGACGCUGUGUUCCAGCCUGAAGUCCGGCUGCACAGAGCAGACAUCCAGCAGCUGUCGGGGAGCAAAGAAGAGCAGGAGUUGAGCCCCAGUCUGGACCAGGAGGACCCAGAGCCCCUACAAAUUAAAGAGGAGAUGAGUCUCAGUCUGGACCAGGAGGACCCAGUGCCCCUACAAAUUAAAGAGGAGAUGAGCCCCAGUCUGGACCAGGAGGACCCAGAGCCCCUACAAAUUAAAGAGGAGAUGAGUCUCAGUCUGGACCAGGAGGACCCAGAGCCCCUACAAAUUAAAGAGGAGUUGAGUCUCAGUCUGGACCAGGAGGACCCAGAGCCCCUACAAAUUAAAGAGGAGAUGAGUCUCAGUCUGGACCAGGAGAACCCAGAGCCCAUACAAAUUAAAGAGGAACAGGAGGAACUCUGGACCAGUCAGGAGGGAGAGCAGCUUCCAGGACUGGAGGAGGCUGAUAUCACCAAGUUCCCAUUCACUCCUGUCCCUGUGAAGAGUGAAGAAGAUGAUGAAGAGAAACCUCAGUCCUCACAGCUUCAUCAAAGCCAAGAACAGAUGGAAGCUGAUGGUGAGGACUGUGGAGGACCAGAACCAGCCAGGAACUCUGAUGGAAAUAGACUUUUACCAUCUGAGACUGAAGACAGUGAAAACUGGGAGGCGACCAGAGAACCUCAGUCAGGUUUAAACUCUCAUUAUAAUGAUGAAGUCUCUGUCAGUCGUAGGACACACAUUACUGACAACAAACGGUUUAGCUGCUCUGAGUGUGGGAAAAGAUUUACUGUAAAGGAUAAUUUGCAGAAACAUAUGAUGCUCCAUACAGGGGAGAAACCGUUCAGCUGCUCUGAGUGUGGGAAAAGAUUUAUUCAAAAGCGACAUUUGCAGACACACAUGAGAACUCACACAGGAGAGAAAGCAUUCAGCUGCUCUGAAUGUGGGAAAAGAUUUAUUUACAAGUCAUCUUUGAAGACACACUUGAGAGUCCACACGGGAGAGAAACCACACAGCUGCUCUGAGUGUGGGAAAAGAUUUACUGUAAAGGAUAAUUUGCAGAAACAUAUGAUACUCCAUACAGGGGAGAAACCGUUCAGCUGCUCUGUGUGUGGGAAAAGAUUUAUUCAAAAGCGACAUUUGCAGACACACAUGAGCCUUCAUACAGGAUGGAAACCACUCAGCUGCAGUGUUUGUGACUUAAGAUUCACUUAUCAUUAUCAACUCAAAAAACACAAGUGUGGUGAUGAGUCCUCACAUGGAAACCAACCUGAGGAGAACAGAGAGGCAGAGCCUCAAGCCAGCAGCUCAGCUGAACAGAUGGAAGCAUAAGCUGAUGGAGAGGACUGUGGAGGACCAGAACCAGCCAGGAACUCUGAUGGAAAUAAAUGUUUACAACCUGAGACUGGAGACAAGACUGAAGACUCUUCUGAGACUGUUGACACUGAUAGUGAUGACAAGUGGUUGUCUACAGAGAAGCGUCAGUCAGAGUGUGAUCAACUGUUUGCUGGUGGAGAAUAUCUUCAGGAAUUAGGGUAGGGUAUCGGUUCAAAUCUUACUGUACCAGUACCAAAACCAGUACCCUUACCGAUGCCAACAGAGUACUUCAUGUGAUACCUUGCUGUAAAUGCCACCUGUUGAAGCCAUAGUAGUUAAAUGGGAACCUACUAUUAUUCUUAUUGUUGUUAUGGACAAGCAUUUUCAAAUAACUGUGACAUAAUAAUAUUGGGAAAUGGAAUCAGAUCCUCCUCAUCCAGCUUGUGAGUUGAGUGUGAAGUUUAGUGGCCUAAUGAGUUGUGGAAACAAAUUUAAGUGACAUUUCUGAUACGUUUGUUGAAAGGAAAGAACACACCCCCGGGCCGCUGUGCAACACCAGCCAAACCAGCAACGAGGCAAAAUCAACCAGCUCAGCUGCAUGCCACC